AUGCCUCGUUUGCCGUUGGUGGUGGUCUGCAUUUUGGCCCGGCUUACUUCCGCUUUCUUUAAUGCCUCGGAUGACGAUUUGAAUGAUAAAGAUUACAAAAGCUAUGAGGGAUAUCAAGUUCUUACAUUUCUCCCUCAAUCAAAAGGGGAACUAGACGUGAUAAAUAGCCUUGAGACGGUUCUAAAUCAAGAGCUAGACUUCUUCCGACAUGCAGCAGUUCCGGGGAGGCGAUCGGACGUUAUCCUGCCCCCGGAUCUUAUAUGGGAUGCGAAGGAAUAUUUAUUGCAGAAUAAUGUUGAUUAUAAUGUUAGCAUACCCAAUCUACGAAUUCCGAUUGAACGACAACGACGAGCACUGAGAGCUCCCGUAUCUGCUGCAAGACCACCAACUUUUAACACAUUCAAUUUGAAUACCUACCACACUUACAGCGAGCAAAUGCAAUUCCUGUCUAUGGCCGCCAUUUCUAACCCGUCCCUCGUUCGUUUAUUCACGAUUGGGCGCUCAUUCCAGAACCGGAAUGUUCUCGGAGUUACGCUUGGGACCAAACGGCCGAAUAAGCCGAUUCUUUUUGUGGAUGGCGGCAUCCAUGCCCGGGAGUGGAUUUCACCUGCGGUCGCCCUGUUCUUCAUUCGAGAGUUUCUGAAGCCGCAGUAUCGAACGUUGUUGAACUCGAUUGACAUCAUGAUUGUACCGAACGUGAACCCGGAUGGGUAUGAGUGGUCGAGGACGAGGGAUAGGUUGUGGAGGAAGACCAGAUCCGGCCCGUCCCGCGGAUGUUUUGGCACUGACCUGAACCGGAAUUUCCCCUUCCGCUACGCCUUCCUCGGGUCGAGUGCAAACCCAUGCAGUGAAAUCUUCCAUGGUCGUGGCGCUAUGUCUGAGAUUGAGGGUCGCAAUUUGCGCAAUGUGUUGCUGGCCCGUCGAGCGAAUAUCAAGGGCUACGUCACGCUACACUCUUACGGUGAGAAUCUGCUCUAUCCAUGGGGCUACAACGUACGGACUUAUCCAUCGGAUGUGACGGAUUUGAUAAACAUGGGACGAGCGAUGAGUCAGGCGAUCCAGCGGGUACACGGUACCCGAUAUGCAGUCGCCAACGCCGCCGACUUGCUCUAUCCAGCUGCCGGGGCGUCAGAUGACUAUGCUAAAAGCAUUGGCAUUAAAUAUGUAUAUACGGUUGAGCUGAGGCCGGGAGAGAAUGAUCGGGAGAAUGAUGAAAAGUACGGCUUCGAACUUCCUGCGGCUUACAUUCAACGCACCGGUGAUGAGGUGUUUCAAGGUGUUCUCGUGCUGGCCAGAAGGGUUGCCGGAUGGAGCCUCCUCCCACAGCGUGGCCGCCGC